CAGUGAUCACAUGACUGUGACUUUGGCUUAUGACUUCCUGCUUUGUGUUUUGCUCUACGGUAGGGAAGACAAACGGAUCCUUUGGGCCGGCCAAAAAGAGAAUAUCCACGAAAAGCAUCAGAGCUAAGUGACGUUGCCAUUAGCAGCAAGUGGUGCUGACACUUGCCCCUUUUUUGCCAUUAUGUCGAAAUACACUAGCUUUCCUGAGCCAAUGGACGAUCACAACCCUUUCCAGGACCCAGCAGUGACCCAACACAGCAGCAACACUGGCUAUGCCACUUUGGACCUGUACAACCCAUUUGAGGGCACGCCUGAGGCUCCACUUCCGUACGAAGCCACCUCUCCCUCUGCUCCAUCUGCGCCCGCACAGAGCCCACCUAGCCGGACGACGCCCACCGAGCCUCGUAACUAUGGCUCGUAUAACACCCACGACUCCCAGACUGCCGUAAAUGCUACCACCACAGAGCUGAUGAAGAAGCAAGAGGAGCUGGAGAGGAAAGCCCAGGAGCUGGAGAGGCGAGAGCGGGAGCUGCAGUCUCACACUUUGGGCCCUGGAGCCACUCGUCAGAAUAACUGGCCUCCCCUGCCUUCGUUCUGUCCCGUCGGCCCCUGCUUCUACCAGGACAUCAACGUGGAGAUCAGCCAGCGCUUCCAGCGAACCGUCACCAGCAUGUAUUACUUUUGGUUGUUCAGCACGGGAACUCUGCUCUUUAACCUGAUCUCCUCGCUGGCCAUGUUCUGCAUCGAUACUUCAGUCGGCGUCGGUCUGGGUCUUGCCAUCCUCUGGGCGCUUCUCUUCACUCCGUGCUCCUUCGUCUGCUGGUAUCGGCCCGCUUACAAAGCCUUCAGGAGUGACAGCUCGUUCAACUUCUUUAUUUUCUUUUUUGUUUUCUUUGCCCAAGUCGUUGUUUACGUCAUCAUGACCAUUGGCAUCCCCGGAUGGGGCUUCAGUGGAUGGAUUGUGAGCUUGACUGCUCUCAAGAAAAGCGUCGCCGUCGGUGCCAUCACCAUGAUGAACGCCAUCCUGUUUACCGCUCAGGCCGCCAUUGGAGUGGUCAUGCUGAAGAAGGUUCACGGUCUUUACAGGCAGACCGAUGCCAGUUUCCAAAAGGCCCAGGCGGAAUUUGCCACUGGAGUCAUGUCCAAUCAGACCGUCCGCCAAGCUGCUGCCAGCGCCGCUAGCAACGCCGCUCAAGGGGCCUUCGCCGCACCCCGUUGAUCACGAGGGACGUUCAGGGUGGGUACCGUGGAGAAAAGGAAUGAUCAUGUUCAUUUUCCCAUUGUGGUGAUUAGAUUUCAAUGGCUGGUGAACCGGACGGAGUCCCUGUAAUUACCCCAAGCAAGUGCACGAGACGAUGGCCUGAUGUAAUCAUGUAUGUAAUAAAUAGGCCUUGGUGUCUAUGAACAAGUCAACAUUUAUUCAUACAUGCCGUUGUAUUAGUCAGCUGUCUGAAAGUUCGAAGCGUUUAAGGACAAGACUGCCAAAUCUAUCCUUUAUCACCCGUGAGACAUGCUGUUUUUUGAGCUCAUGCUAAAAUGGUUCCAUUGAAACAUCUCAAUCCUAAUGAAACUAACAAUGAUGCUUAUGUAUGUUGUAGCCAAAACACUCACACACUGUAAGAAAUUGUGUUUGAUGUCA